AUGGGGAUCUUCGGUGGUCGGAGGACCUGUGGCCAUGAUCGCUGCAACGCCUCCUGUGCUUUGGGCCGUCCCACCGUGAUCUUCGGCGCCUAUGCAGUGGCACUGCGGCCACUGGGCGCAGCCUUGCUAUAUGAGCGGAUCUUCCCAGUGAGCCUACAGGUGGACAGCGAACUCUCACGAGUGUAUCAGCACUUGGCCAAGAGCUCCGGCCCCCUGGAGGCCCGUGUGCGCUCGCAGCAAAAAGCCCAGGGCCCAGCUGUACGUGUGUUUGCUCCGCGGAGUGUCAGUGAGGCUGAGGUGUCCCGCUUCCCGCGGUGCACUGGGCCGUUGGUGUUGGCACCUCCAAGUCAAGCUGGGUCGACGGACAUCCAGGUGCUCAGCUCAGAAAAUUGGGCGCUGCAGUACGGCGACCGCGCGGUCGCUAAAAAAGAGCGGUGA